GGCGGCGGGCGGGCAAGCGGGAGGGAGGAAAAGAGGGAGGAGCCCGUGAUGGCUGGUGCUGUCGCCGUCGCGCUGUCCCUCGCUGCGCUCCCGGCCACCGCCACCGCUCCUCCGCUGUCAGCUCCCGGCCGCCGCGCCGCCGCCAUGGCCGAGGAGGAGACCUCCAGCGAAAGGUUAGGAUGGUUAUUCAGCUGGCUUCCUGCCUGGUGUCCCACUUCGCUGCUACACCUUAAAGAGGCUGAGGACAAAAUGCUAAAAUGUAUUGCAAGCAUAUACAAUAAACGGUACGUGUAUAUAUCUAAUGGAAAUAAAAUAUGGACACUGACAUUCUCUCCAGACCUUUCAAAUAAAACUCCACUUGUUCUCCUGCAUGGGUUUGGAGGAGGUGUUGGACUGUGGGCUCUCAACUUUGAAGAUCUCUGUGAGAACAGGACCGUUCAUGCUUUCGACCUCUUGGGAUUUGGGCGUAGCAGUAGACCACACUUUGACACUGAUGCUCGGGAAGCAGAAAAUCAGUUUGUGGAAUCCAUAGAAGAAUGGAGAAAGGAGGUGGGAUUAGAAAAAAUGAUUUUACUUGGACACAACCUAGGUGGAUUCCUGGCUGCUGCUUACUCAUUAAAAUACCCAUCAAGGGUCAAGCAUCUUAUCUUAGUGGAGCCAUGGGGUUUUCCAGAGAGGCCUGACAAUGCUGAACAUGAAAGACCAAUUCCAAUCUGGAUCAAAGCACUAGGAGCUAUAUUGAGUCCAUUUAAUCCAUUAGCUGGGCUAAGAAUAGCGGGACCCUUUGGGUUAAGCCUUGUUCAGCGUUUAAGACCAGAUUUCAAGCGAAAAUAUUCAUCGAUGUUUGAUGAUAACACUGUGGCUGAAUAUAUCUAUCACUGCAAUGUACAGUCACCCAGUGGUGAAACAGCUUUCAAGAACAUGACUAUUCCUUACGGAUGGGCAAAAAGGCCGAUGCUGCAACGGAUUUCGCAAAUGGAUCAAGACAUUCCUAUCACUGUGGUCUAUGGAGCACGUUCGUGUAUCGAUGGUAAUUCUGGCAGUACUAUCCAGUCUCUGAGACCAAACUCAUAUGUGAAGACAAUAGCUAUCCUUGGUGCAGGUCAUUAUGUGUAUGCUGAUCAACCUGAAGACUUCAAUCAGAAAGUGAAAGAUAUCUGUGAUUCUGUGGACUGACUGUCUUCUGUUCUUUAGAAAGUCAUACCGUAGAUAGCAUUUAAUGGCAAUACUUUAGGAAAUCACUAAAGAAUGCGGAGCUAAUGGGACAGGCUCUGUUUGCACACUGUUUCUUCUAAGAAGCUAUUUGCACACUUAAACCACUGAGUGCCUAUUUUGGGGGAGAUGAAGAAGUUUGAAGCUAACUUUGUACAGUUUUUUUGAGAUUAUUGACCUGUUAGAUACAAAAUUACAUGUAACUUUUGAAACUGGAAUUUUCUUCAAAAUUUAAUUGAAACUUGCACAUGUCGAACUCUCUAAAAAUGCUGAACUCUCCAACAGAGAGAACUGUAUCAACGUAGAUACAAUGUACAAAAUGCAAUUUGGUUUCUUUAUGAAUGUUCAUGUUUUUUAGUUGAUGUUUCAUAGCAAGAUUAUGAAAACGCAUAUGUAUUUUAUUUGGGGAACCCAGAACUCCAUAUACAAUGUUUUAAGAGAGUGGGGUUUUUUAUUCAAUUGGAGUGAUAACAGCUUAUGAAGCUGAUUUUGUAAGAGGGACGGGGCCAAAGUAGCAAGCAGUGUCUGUCACUGAAGUAUGUCUCUUAGUUUGUAAGAAAUUGAGGCUCAAUAUUAGGAAAUCUAUCUUCUGUUGAAUUUUAUUUCCAUUUAUCUCAAGGCAUCCUUUUUCAUCUGUGCAACUUUUACGGAAGACUCAGUUUGUAAGAGUCAAUGAUGUCACCAGCACUCAUGCUUCCAUAAGUAUUUCAAUGUGUAGAUUUCAGUGAUUGAAAAUGCAGAAGAUGGCUUGUUAGUUACUCCAUCUGUUUUUAACACUUUACUGCAAGAUUUGUUACUAGUCUAAACCUAACAGUUGUAGAUAAGCUGAUAAGAUUUUGAUUAGGGCUAGGAAAUGGCCACUUGGAUAGUGAGCAUAUUUCCCAUUUCCUUUGGUAGAAAACCUAGUCUACUUUUUAGUAAAUUCGGGCUGAAGAAGAGGCAGAGGGAGAAUAUUGAUGUUCUCUAACUAGAACAGGGUAGUGUAUUUUAUUUAACAUGCAGCCUCCUUGUAGGAAGGAUUAUUACUGGAAUGAACAAUACCACUGUAACGAAUUAUAAUUACAUGUUUUGGAGAUUCUUUAUAUAUUUUAAUUGAGUGUUUCAAUAUCAGAGAUAGUCCAGUCUCUGCAUCUUUUUGAAUUAUAGUUUGACAUUAGUUCUUCACAUGCCUAGUAAGUUAUAUUAAGGAAAAUACUUUGUCACUUUAAAGCCAAAUUAUGUGGUGGUUUGUAUUUUAACAAGUUUACAUAAAACUAUUGAUCUGUUUUUGAAUAUUAAAUUGACUGCUGAAGAGAUCUUGAUACUUUUAUGUAGAGAGAAUUUGAAUUAAUGAUAGCACCGUGUUAAAGCUUGAAUGGAAUUCUCUGCAUUUUUUUCUCAAAUUAAGGAAUUGUUGCAUAUAUUUGUGGUGUGGAAGGCAAAGAUACCUAAAAUAUUCAGGAAAUACUCUGAUUAUGUUCCCAGCCAAACAUAAUCUCUCUUUCUAAAGGAGAUAUUUAUCUAUAUGGUGCUAUGUAAACAUCAAACAGUUUUUGUGACUGCCUUGACUGGUAGCAUUUAAUAUCUAGCAAGCUAAAGAUUUUAAUUAAAAUGAAGUACUUAUUUAAAUUACUUUUUCAAUCAGCAGAUGCCAGAUUUGUAAAAUGAAAUUUUGGGUUAUUUGCUAAAAUCUUGAGUUGAAAAUGGAAAAUCUGAAGUAUCUAUUCCAUUUUUUAAUAUAAGCUAUAAAUUAUCAGUCAUGCCACCAUUUAGGUGGAUGCCUUCAGCAUGCUGGUUUUUAUCACCCUUAUCAGUGUCUUAUUUUGUAUUUAUCAACUUAAACACCUGUUUUAAUUGUGUGUAAAAACCUAAUGCACAAAAUAAAUUUUGAGUCUCCUCCAAGUAAUCAAAGGUGAAACAAACUUGUUAUUUUUGGAUAGCACUUACUGAUGGGAAUUCUAGAUUCCACGUCAAAAAUUGGAAGUAGGGAUAAAACUCGCACACCGCAUGUGAAUAUUGUUUUAAAUAUCCCUUGCUUUUUCAGCUUAUUGUACUAAUAAGACUUACUGCUUAUGUUUUGCACAAUAAAUCUUAAAUGUUAUAUGUGAUUAAUGUUAAGACAAGAUAUUGCUUUUGUAAAAAUUAUGUGCAAUUAAGUCCUGGAAAUCAAGAGUUAUUAACAAGUUGAGCUAAACCAUCCAAAUACAUUAAAAAUAUGGUAAUGCUUAUUUUCAAAUGUCUCAGUGUUCUUAGGUUUACAACUGAAACUGGUGAGCGCUUGUCAACAAGUAGCUGCAAGCUCAGAAUGUUGAUUGUAUGUACAAGGAAAAUGAUUCUUGGUAUUCUUCCAGGCAGUAUUAAAUGCUGCUCUGAAGGUCAAGAUGGAAUUCUGAAUAUCCUAUUGCUUGCAGCACAGCCUGAUCAAAUUACCGGAAUAAAUGUCAUAGGAGGUGCUGAACAGAAAAGGAACGGCACAUACUGGAAAUACUUGGGAGCUACACCUUUUGUGAGCAAUUACUGUCUAGGAAUAAUCUCAGUUUCCCUAGAAGUUCUAUUUCAGUGCAAUGACCAGUUGCUUCAAUGUACUGUGGUGAGCACUGAACUCUGAUGGUGCUAUUUUUAUUACAGCACUAUAAAAUAAGACAAGAAUUACAGGCAUAAAGGCACCCAAAGAUCUGUCCUGUUCUAGCAUCAAAAUGAAGACAGCUGUGUACCAGAGGCUAGAGCAUAACAAAAAGAAUCCAAAAUAUUAAUAGAAAUGCAAGAUUAACAGUCUAAGCCUCCAGGACAUGCUCUUCUUCCUGAAGUUGUUGUGAUAAAAUUUAUUUAAAGUAACUUAGUAAUAUUUUGUUUGCAUGGCUGAGUUCAUCUUGUUACUUAUUGAACCCUGCCAGAUUAGAUUUUAGUUCCGAAAAACUGAUUUUCAGAGAAUUUACUGAUAAGACUCUAUAAUAAAACAUUCACAACCAUCACAA